CCCCAUCCGAAAAUUUCUUCAGUCAGCACUUCAUCCAUCUCGUAUCUGCCUAUCCCUAUCCAUCUCUCUGCUCGGCGCACUGUCUUCUGCCCGACAGCUGAAGUCGGUCCCUCGCGCGAAACAACCCGGGUGGCCCUGUUCCUGCCGGCGAUUUCCGACCCCAACCGCAAAACUUGUUGCAAAGCCUUGUCCAACUCGACCCACGUGCCCUCUCGACCUCAGACUUUUCGUUUUCCACAUUUUCGUUCUGGUUUGGCUUCAAGGCCUGGAAGAUAUCAUUUGUGUAUCUCGCGCCGACCCAGCUGGCCUCUCCCGCAUCUCGGCUUGUUCAACAAACACCACCACCUCUUACAAUUUGGCCGGUCGUGCCAAAACCAUUCUCAAUGGUCAACGGCGAGCCUGAAUUGAGACUGCAAAAUGCCCUGGCGAACAGUCCAUCAGUCUAUCUCCGAGCGCACAAAGACAAUCCCGUAGCCUGGCAAGAAUGGUCGCCGAAAACGCUGUCUCUUGCAAAGCGCUACCAGCGACUCAUCUUUUUAAGCAUCGGUUAUAAUGCAUGCCAUUGUAAGAGACCCAUUGCAGCUUAACGUGCUUGAUUUGACCCUCUCUUAAAAGGGUGCCAUGUGAUGGAGCGGGAGUCAUUUAGCUCUCCUGAGGUAGCCGAGAUUCUCAACACCUUCUUCAUUCCGAUCAAGCUAGAUCGAGAAUCCCGGCCCGACUUGGAUGACAUCUACAUGAGCUAUGUUACGGCGACGACAGGCUCCGGAGGCUGGCCUCUGAACGUCUUCCUAACCCCAGAUCUCAAACCCGUCUUUGGUGGCACCUACUGGCCUGGGCCCGCCCCUACCACGAAUCUCAUGCCGGCCACUCCUCAUGACGAGGCGCCCGUUACGUUCAUUGGAAUUCUCAAGAAGAUGAAGGAGGUCUGGGCCACGCAGCGCGAAAGGUGUCUCCAAUCGUCUUCGGAAAUUACGGACCAGUUACUCGCGUUCGCUGGCGAGGGCAUCCACUCCCACUCAGACAGCCAAGCUCGAGAAGCCGAACCCAGUUCAUCGGAUCCACCCGAGCCACUGGACCUGGAUCUGCUGGAUGACGCUCUGAGCCACUUCAUCUCCCGCUACGACUCGACCCAUGGAGGAUUCAGUCCUAGUCCCACGGCGCCCAAAUUCCCGACUCCGUCGAACCUCACGUUUCUUCUCCGGAUAGGAGCGGCCAUAGCUCUGCCUUCUACUCAUACGCGCUUUGGCUUCUUCAGCCCUGUUCCUGGAAUUUUGGGGAGGGAGUCAUGCCUCACCGCUGCAAGAAUGUCGCUACAUACCCUUCUCGCCAUGUCAAGGUCCGGUCUGAGAGAUCAAUUGGGCUACGGUUUCCAUCGGUACAGCGUCACCGCCGACUGGAAUCUCCCACACUUUGAGAAGAUGAUGUGCGACAAUGCGCAGCUGCUCGGCUGCUACUGCGACGCCUGGGCGCUGGGUAGAGACCCCGAGAUUCUAGGCACGAUCUACAACCUCGUCGAAUAUUUCACGAACCCCGAAUCCCCGAUCGUCCACCCAGAAGGUGGCUGGUACUCGAGCGAAGACGCAGACUCGCGGACCACCCUUUCGAGCAUGAGCAACGGGGCAAUGUCAGACGACAAGAAGGAAGGGGCCUUUUACGUGUGGACGUACAAGGAGUUCCAGUCGAUCCUCGGUGAACGGGACGCCGCCAUCUUGGCUCGGCACUUUGGCGUCAAACCGGACGGUAAUGUGCCCGCCCAGCAUGACAUGCACGACGAAUUCCUGACCCAGAACGUGCUGCACAUUCAAGCCACACCGUCCAUAUUGGCCAAAGAGUUCGGCAUCCCGGAGGAGGAAAUCGUGCGGAUAGUCAAGGCUGGUCGCGCCAAGCUCCGCGAGCACCGCAAGACGAAACGCGAAAAGCCAGAGGUGGAUACAAAAAUCAUUGCCUCGUGGAACGGCCUUGCCAUCACAGCACUUGCUCGCGCAGCAAACACGCUGGCGACGAUCGACAAGCACCGCGCCACGAGAUGCCAGGAAGCCGCGGAAAGAGCUGCAGCAUUCGUCCGGAAGAGCAUGUAUGAUGAAGCCACGGGGAAGCUGAUACGGGUUACAGGCCCGCCGGCUUCGGAGCUCGAUCAAGAUGCCGACACCAGCAAUACCGCCUUUGUUGAUGACUACGCAUAUCUCGCCCUGGCCAAUCUCGCCCUCUACGACGUGGCCCUUUCUCAACCGUACCUCGACUGGGCUGUUCGGCUUCAGUCCUAUCUGGACGAACAUUUCAUCGCCAGCACUACGGGUGGGUACUUCCAGUGUCCCAAGCCCCGCGAUUCAUCGCCACCUGAACAAAUCAUCCGACUCAAGCCGGGGACCGACAACGCGCUCCCCUCUCCCAACGGCGUCAUCUGCACCAAUCUACUCUACCUCUCUUCCUACAUCCAAUCCCAACACCCGUCCCGAUCGCAGUCUGAAGCGACCACCUACCUGUCCCGAGCACGCGCGAUCCUCGACGCCUUCGCCGUCGAGAUCAUCCAGCAUCCAUUCCUCUACGUCACGCUUCUGGGAGCAACGGUCAUGGAACAGGUCGGCGUGAAGACGAUCAUUGCGCCCAUGACGGCCAAGGAAAGUGAGCUGCGGAGGCUGAAGGGGUGGGGGAGGACGGUGGUGAGGGGGAUUGUGUCGGAGGUGAUGAUCUGUACGAAGGACGGGGUGUGCCGGGCAUUGAAAAGGGAGGAUCUGGAGGACGUGGAUGACUUGGACGCCGAGGCUGAAGAGGAGAAAGGCCGGGCCCUCGGGAAAGUUGACAGCGUGUCUUCGGUGGGGGAAUUGAGGAAGGCUGCUGUUCCGGCUUCGGCGUAAACAGAAAGGGGAUCUUGUCGAUCUGGCGUUGAAGGUUAUUUCGGUGACGGACACUUUGAUUGUAUAGAUACGGGUGGUGUCUAUAAGUCGGGUAUGUAGUAAGGUAUCGAGCAAGUCUCCAUGUAUGCUCACUCUCACCGACGGCCUACAAAUACAGAAGGAUUUCUGUUUCUAUA